AUGUGCGAUUACACUCAGGUCGAAUAUAGCUGCGGUCAUCUGCGCUACACCGUAAGAGCGUGGUGUGUCAAGUACCAAGAAACGCACAAGCGGUGCCCGGCCAAUGUUGUUGCAAUCGAGUACCGCUUGGACGAAAAAUGCGACGCUGACACGAGACGGUAUAGGCGACUGCCGCGACACCUCCUCAAAACCCACGAGUACCAGGACGAAGGCCGCUGCUUCGGCCGCUUCAUCGCCUUCAAGCUCAUCAAGCACCCCGUCCAGGUCUGGAUGAGCGUCAUGGUUGCGUAG